CAGCUCUGCCCGAACAGCGGUCCAUGGGGCGAGGAGAGGCGGCCCAGGUGGGUGAGACGAGCGAGCGCCAGCACCUGGGAAGCCCCAUCUGAGGGUCAUGGCGGGACAGGUGAGGUUGCCGCACGGAGAGCCCUGUCGAGAAGGUGACAUACUGUCUCUGGUCUGUCCAGACUCUUCCCAGGCUUGGUGUGAGAUCAUGAAUGUGUCACAGCUGUUGGUUUCUCCUACCCUCUACACGGAUCCAAAUUCCAGCAUUACCAACUUUAGCAUUUCUGCAAACACAGAAAAUAAAUACAGUCUGUAUGUGGGCUUGGUACUGGCAGUAAGUUCCAGUAUUUUUAUUGGCUCCAGCUUCAUAUUGAAAAAGAAGGGCCUCUUACAACUGGCCAAAAAGGGAGUUACUAGAGCUGGGCAAGGUGGACAUUCUUACCUGAAGGAAUGGCUUUGGUGGGCAGGGUUACUCUCAAUGGGAGCAGGAGAGGCUGCAAAUUUUGCAGCUUAUGCUUUUGCACCUGCCACUUUGGUCACUCCGCUGGGUGCCCUGAGUGUUCUCGUAAGUGCAAUAUUGUCUUCCUAUUUUCUAAAUGAGCACUUGAAUAUUCAUGGGAAAAUAGGUUGCAUAUUAAGUAUAUUGGGGUCAACUGUGAUGGUUAUCCAUGCCCCUCAAGAAGAGGAAGUCGCUUCUUUGCAUGAAAUGGAAAUGAAAUUGAGAGACCCAGGAUUUAUAUCUUUUGCGGUUAUCAUAACUGUAAUCUCCUUGGUGCUGAUUUUGGCGGUGGCUCCAAAAAAAGGACAGACAAAUAUAUUGGUCUACAUUUCAAUCUGUUCAAUGAUUGGAGCAUUUUCAGUUUCCUCUGUAAAGGGCCUAGGAAUUGCCAUUAAGGAACUAUUAGAAUGGAAGCCCGUUUACAAGCAUCCUCUGGUCUUUGUUUUGCUGGCUGUACUUGUGCUUUCAGUGGCUACACAGAUUAACUAUCUCAACAAGGCACUGGACACCUUUAAUACAUCUCUUGUGACUCCCAUUUAUUAUGUGUUUUUCACGUCCAUGGUAGUGACUUGCUCUGCCAUCUUAUUCCAGGAGUGGUAUGGCAUGAAAGCUGGAGAUAUCAUUGGGACCCUGAGUGGGUUCUUGACCAUUAUCAAUGGCAUCUUUCUUCUGCAUGCUUUUAAAAACACUGACAUUACCUGGAAUCAGCUGACAUCCACUGCUAAGGAAGAGGUCCCCUAUCUGAAUGGCAAUGAAGACAAGUAUACUUUACUAGAGAAUAUGGAGUGCUCAACCCUAGGAUACAAUGAUGACCAUGCCUUGUUUAGCAGGACUGAUGGUCAGAGUCUCUAGAAACCCUCCAUUUUAACCAAUAUGAGACAUUUGGAGAGGAAAAGGAAUACCUACCUGCUCAUUGGAAGAACUAUUAGGAAAGGUGGCAUUUUUUAAAGUUCUGACUAUAAUUUAGACGUGAGGCCAAGUAAAAAUGCCUUCAUGUUUGGCCAUCAAAUUUGAAAAUCAAGGUUUUCAUCCUUCUCCAGAAGACUCCUGCUUAUAUUUAUUUCUACAAACUUGAAAUAUUCUCUGAACAUAAAAAAAUGGAAGAGUUAUAUGAGCCUCAGAACAAUCUCUUCUGGUCACCAUGUAUUUGACUAUGCCAUGUGGCUCUUCAUUUCUUUGGCUGCUAUCCUUAGCCUCAUGGUAGUUCAUAGAUAAGGUUAACUGUGUUCUAAUAAGCAGAGUAUCAGCCAUACUCUGAUGAGUCAUAGUUUCGAAUUAUUAAAACUGAGAAGCAAGAUCACUGUUGCUUUGUUCUCCCCUUUCCACACCUUCCUUCCUCUUCAACUAGAUAGCUAGUGGACAAAAUGUUAAAGAAAAAAUAGGCCUGCUUUGGAAAUCUGUUUGUUAUUGGGCUAGAAUAUACAAGAUACGCCUACUCAUGAAGUACUUCUAAACUACUGACUUAAAAAUUGUAAUUUAUUGACAUAUCAUAGGAGUUUAUUACCAAUUAAAAAGGAGGGAAUGAGGGAAUGAAGAAAAGUACUUUUAACUCUAGGUAUAUGAACUGCAAUUUUUUUUUGCUUUUCACAAAAGCACAAACACAAAUGAUUUGUUCACAGGUUCUUUAAAUUCACACCUGGAUAAAAUUAAGAUAAAAUUGAGUUUCUGGAGAAGUCCAAAUUAAUUCAGCUUUGGAGUUACUUACAUUCAUUUAGUUUUUUCCUUUUACUAUUGUUUCAAAGAUUAGUUUUAUUGUUGAGGUAGAGGUGUUUGUAAAAUAAUUGUUAAAUUAUUUCAGAAUUAUAUUGUAUACUUCAAUCUUUCUCAAAUGUUUGAU